GUCAAAGUCCAAACCAAUACAAAUAAUUACUGAAAAUUACAAAUCGAACAAGAAACAAGCCAAAACUGAAAGACUUAUUUUGCAAGACUUUUUAUCAUGAUAGAACGCUAAUUAGUUAUAGCUAAAACAUUUUGCAAGCAAUAAUUCAUAGGGUGAUUAACACUGUGAUUUGAAGUUAUUAUAAUUUAAAAGUAAUUUGUUGUAGUAUUAAGAAAUUAUAUAUAACAACGCCUGGAAAAAGCGUAAAUGUACGAAUGAGCAAAAAUGUCUUGCGAGAUAAUAAUAAGGAAAGCCCGUAAAGAGGAUGCAGUACAACGUGCAGAGCUGAUCCAGAUGGGACUCCUGUCUCAUCAGUGGGAUGCUUUCGUGUACUUUCUGUUUCAAGAGCUGACACUGGAGUGUGUGCUGCUGGGCAGUGCGGUGCUAUUUAUUUUCUGCGGUGCGGCGCCGGCGGGCUGUGCGCUGCUGCUGCCCGCCGCCGCAGCGUUUGUGGCAGCCGCAGUCGCUCUCGCACACCGCGCCCUCGCCUCCGCUCACGCUCAGCGGAUGCGCGGAGAGAUUUUUGGUCUGGUGGCGGAGGCGCGCGGGCCGCUUCUACUGGGCGCGCCGCCGGGGCCGGUGCCCGUCCGCACCGAGCUGCAACACUCUCCUCAGACACAACAUCAUGUGUACUCUAAGGUGGUGGGUACACUGAGCGUGUCUGAGUACCGCGAGGGCGGCGGGCUGGCGCUCGGCGAGGACGCCGGCUGGCUGCACGCGCUCGCCGUGCACGCGCAGUACGUACCGCGCGCCGCACAGCGCACACCGCACAGCGCACACCGCACACCGCAGUACUGA